UCGACGCGAUCGGGUGUGCGCGCACUCUCUCCGUAUAAUCCAUAGUCGACUUCGUAAUUAGUUCUCUUGGACCUUCUUCCACUAACCUGAUCGGGAAAACGGAUAUUCCACUCCUACAACCUACGUGAAUUUGUGUGUUUUGUUUACCUAUUCCAUUCGAGAGUAAAUUUCCUGUAUCCUCCAUAAACCAAGAAAACGCACAGAGGAAACUCUAUAAUUAAUUAAACUGCUGCAAGCGGAAAAAAUAAACCAAAAAAAUUAAAACUAAAUGUGCCGAUCGCGUUUUAGUAACGGUUUCGAUGCGGUUUCAAACAAUCGGUUUAACCAUUGACAUCAUUGAUUUAUGUCCCAAGUGUAAAUAAUUCGCACAAUACAAUACACCAAAUUGAGGCUUUCCUCCCUCCGCAAAAACAAACCAAUCAAAUGCAAUGAAAUGAAAUGUUGCCAUUGAUUUGCGCACAUUGCCAUUGUUCAGAGUUAUUGGUUGACUUUUAACUGGGAUCCGUACUUUAAGUUGAGCUGUAAACGAAGACUGCCGAGUUUCCCAUCAUGGACACCGGAAGUGUGGUUAGUGAACCGAUUUCCGCGCAUCAUCGCGCCUUCGCCAAACAGAAGUCCGCCUCCAUGACCAUUCUCAAUCCGAAGGGUUGUGGCAGUGCCGUCAAGUACAGUCUGCACUCGACUGCAGAGACGAACCAGGAGACUGCCAGUACCACCACCACCACAAGCCACUGUUCCACAACUGGAAGAAGGCGAAAGGGUGGUUCCCUGGGUGGUACUCUCUCCUCGCGAUCCACGCGCAGUGAAUCCAAGGAACUGCGAUCGGCUCUUCAAGAUCGGGAGGCUGUCAUCCAAAAUCUGCGCAUUCAGCUAUGUCUGGGCAAAUUGCCACGCCCCACGGGGCCACCUUUGGAUGAAUCCGAAAAGCCGGCGGCUGAGCAAAAACUAAACAGACUGAAAACUGAGGCGGAAAAUAAGCGAAUUAAGAUCAAGAAUCUGAAGAGUGCCCUUGAAAAGCUGGACAUCACAGACAAUAUAGACAUUCGCAUACGGCAAGCCGAGUUGGAGUAUGCACUUGGCAGAGAAGAGCUCCAGAUGCUUUCGAUUGUAGAGGAGGCUCGUGCUUUGCAGGCCAGGCUGGAGAAAUCCAAGCCCGAGGCCCAGACGCUAUACAAUAUUAUUAGUUCUGGCGUCACACUGAGUCUACAUGCCGUACAUGCCACCUCUGGAAGAUGGGCAGCUCAACAGAGAACCGAUCAACCGGGAUACUAUGUAGAAUGGGCUUUAGAGGGCGAUGGUUUGUACAAAGGCGAUCGCAUCUUAGAGAUCAAUGGUCGUCUGGUCACCGGAAAAUCCAAAGAAGAGCUGCAGAAACAAGUGGGAAACUCUGGCAAGUGCCAGAUGGUGGUACUGCGCAAGAAGUCCGUACCCAUACCACAAAAGCAACUGGAUCAGGAAAAGGAGAACAACAUGAGGCUGCAGCAUCGCAUAUCGUACCUGGAAGAGCAGGUGCGGGAGCUCCAAACAGUGAAGGAUCAUAAUCCUUCCCAGCAGCAGCAGCAUCCACAUCAGCAACAUCAGCAGGCAUCCUCCAAUCAAUCUCAACAUGUGACCAGCAUUAGUAUAUCCUCACCACCUUCAACGCCACCUGAAAAGCCACUGAUCUUUCAGCGGGGCAACUACAUAACCACUUUGGUGGGUGGCAAGCCCAUCGAGCUGAUGGGCGACGACUUAGCCUCCACUCAAACUCCGCCUGGUCAUGUGACCAAAACGCUGAUCAAGGAGAACACCCACAUCGAUUUCAGGGAUCGUCUGCCGCACAUGUACUCCAUGCCCUCCAAGUCGCUGUCCGCCUCGAAAAUCUCGAUAAAUAGCGAUUCCGCCUAUAUGCAGCACCAUCGACGCGAGAAGGAACGCCAUCGUCAGCAUCGGGAGCGCCCAAGAGAUCCUCUCCAGCAACAGCAGCAACUGCAUCGCGAACAUCUCAUGACCACGCAUGCGCGCAGUGUGGAGCAUCUUAAUCAUUAUAAUGGACUUGAUCGCCGCCGUGACACGCCCCGUCAAAGUGAAACGCACACUUUAAAGCCCCGCCUCCCAAGCGAUAUGAGAAGUGUAAAAUCCUUGGAUUUCGAUAGCGAAAACGAAUCGAAACCCGCUACAGAGACGCGAAAUGCUCGACCCACUCCGCCCAAGAAGCCGCUGCGGUUGUCCCUGCAACGAGCCCAAAGUCUGCAGACCGUAGAACUUCAUCCCUGUGCGGAUCUCGAAAGAAAGCGACCCAUGAAAAGGGUUCACCACAAUAAUAGCAACAACAAGGGUGGUGGAGGAUCACCAACGGAUGGGGGUCAGACAAUGCUCAUCGAGAACUGCACUCCCAUGCACACUGCCUCACUGGGCAGACACAAGCUGAUAUAGGGAUCGAAAUCCAACCAAACUUAGUGUAAAUCAAAGUAGUUUAACCCUCGACCGUCACCAGCUGACGAUUGGACCCAAAAAACAGGCGGACAUGUGCAAAAUUAUACUUAAAUAUACAAAUAAAUAAACAAAAACCCAAAUGGGUUGUAGUAGUAGCGUAAUUUUAGUAUUGUACUUACAUUUUAUAACAAUAAGUAGGGCUUGGCUAUCAUCUUAUAG